GCCCGGGUCGCCCGCUCCGCCUAUAAAGUGAGCCCGCGGCGCUGGGGCUCCACCACGCCUCCAGCCGGCAGCCGUGUCUCUCCGUGCCGCCUGCUUUGGACCUCCGUCCUCGACUCGACUCGAAAUGGACCCCAACUGCUCUUGCUCCACCGGUGGCUCCUGCACGUGCGCCGGUUCCUGCAAAUGCAAAGAGUGCAAAUGCACCUCCUGCAAGAAGAGCUGCUGCUCCUGCUGUCCCGCGGGCUGUGCCAAGUGCGCCCAGGGCUGCAUCUGCAAAGGCGCAUCGGACAAGUGCAGCUGCUGUGCCUGAUGCGGGGGAGCCUGCGCCCGAUGUAAAUACGGCCACGUGUACACAACCUGCAGUUUUUUACUUGUCACGCUCCCCGGACCCAGUUGCUACAUUCCCGUUUCUAUGAAAUCUUUGAAUGACAAUAAAUUUAUCUAGACACUUCUG